CCAAGUUUUUGCAAAUCAUAGCUGCACAAACUUUUAAGCAGACAGAGAGGGAGAUGGGUGUAUCGAAAGAGCAACUCGAAGCUUCCUUGACUUCAAAACUCAAUCCUGUUCAUCUGGAAGUCAUCGACACAUCUGGAGGCUGCAGCGCGAGUUUUGUGGUUGAGAUUGUCUCGGAACAGUUUGAAGAUAAGAGAUUGCUUGAGAGGCACCGCAUUAUAAACGCUGCACUUGAAGAAGAGAUGAAAGAAAUCCAUGCCCUCUCUAUAAAGAAGGCUCAAACUCUACAACAAUGGAAGCCAAUAUCACAACUCUCUGAAACAACUCCAACCACAGAGGCUUGAAGAGAAAAGAACAAGAGAGAUCUUAGCUCUUUGUUUUAAUCUCGCACCCUUACUAAGAUACAAAAAGCUGUAUUUAAAACUUUGACCUGUUCCACGGUCAGCUAAUAAGCUUGUACUUUAAUAAUCAUGGAAACUACUUGUGAAUUUUAAACACAAAUACUGGCUGUU